CAAGAACAAUUCGCAGGUAGUAAGUGAUUCCACACCUUGAUGAGAUGAGUUGGUCAGUAACAUCUUGUAGUGGUAGAACUUAUAUCUGCUAUAACUACUUCUCCACCUUGUUGUAGCUGUUUCUAGACGUAUAUUCCAACAUCUUUCCUUUCAUUUCCUUCUCUUCUUUCUUAGUUUUCAUCCAAGAAAGAGCAACAAGAUGGGGAAGAAUCAGCAUAGUAAGGACAAGCUGUACAUCAACCCGCAGGAGUAUGCGGAGAAUUGGGGUGGCUACAUGGAGAAGAUGCUCCCCUUCAAAAAGCUGCCAAUACAGUGUUGCGGCUUCAGUCUCCAAAAGUUCACAUCUCCGGUUUGCACCAAUACCGGAGAAGUCUACGAUGCAGAGAAUUUGAUUCCGUAUUGAUUUUCUUCUGGUUCCUUUGAUGAUGUUGUGGUUUUGUGAUUCUGAUUUUGUACAACAGGACGACCAAAUAUGGUCGUGUUGUAUUACUACCUCCUACGUACUGUACUAAUUAGAUUUUACAUGAAAUUUAGAUGAAAAUGCUGAUUUUCAUCUACCAACAUAUUUAUAUCUCCAGGUUCCUAAUCGAGCACAGUAAGAACCCCAUCACUGGAAUGACGCUGAGCAUCAAGCACUUGACGCCGAUGAAGAUCCGCCAGAACGAAACUGGCUCUUUCGUAGACCCGGUUACGGAGAAGGUGCUCCACGAAAAUGCCCACGUUGUUUGCAACUUGAAGAGUGGCGUUGUCUACCUGUACGACACUGUUCUGCAGAUGAACAAGAAAGCCAACAACUAUGAGGACUUGGUGUCUGGCGAAAAGUUCGAUUGGGCCACGCAUAUCGUCAGCAUCCAAGAUCCCACGAAGCCGGAAAAACGCGAUGUCACGCAGUUUUGGCACGUCAAGAACGCGCGUGAACUUGGCUUAGUGGACGCGGAAGGCAAUAUGCUGACGACUUUGGCGACAAGCAAACAAAAACUCAGCAAAAUAGGACUGAGCAAGGACAUCUUGAAAGUAGGAACGGGACCGUCAUCGUCGUCUUCGAGUAGUUCUUCCUCUGCAGCAGCAGGAGCAGGGCAGCAACUUGCAUUAGCAGCUGGUGGUGCAGGUCAAGAAGAUGCUGACUCGGUAGACACUUUUCUCGAGAAGCAUUCCGAGUUCAUCAAUCUGAAUCCGAGUUUGCGAGGAGCGCUGGUGGCCCAGAAGAAGCGGAUGGGCGAACUAGCAGAAGACCGAAAGGCGAAACAAGCGAAAGUAGACGCCGAAAACGCGAAGCUCGCAGAACGACAGAAAAGCAGAACGACACAUAAGCUCUUCACCACUGGCACAGCGGCGAGGGGAUUUACCAGUACCCGCAUGACGGCGCAAAUGCAGAAUGAGUAUCGAACGAAUACGGAUGCUGAAGAGCGACAGUUGCUGUACGAUAGAAUGCGACAAAGGGGUGGUGCUGGUGGAAAUAAACAAACACCUUCUUCUAGUACUACAGGUGGACCCAGUAAUUGGAAUUUCAAAAACCCCAAAGGGUACGUGAAAAUCAUCCUCGGGAUCGAGAAGGACAAGACCAAAUCCACGUUAGGAGCAGUCAAUGUCGAACUUCACGCAGACAUGGCGCCUCAUGCUGCUCACAACUUCCUGAGACAUUGCGAGUCUGGUUACUACACCGGGACCUGUUUUCAUCGACUAGUGUCGAACUUCGUCUUGCAGGGUGGCGACGGCGAAAAUGGUGACGGGACUGGUGGCGUGAGUGCUUUCGAAGAUGGACGUCCGUUUGCUGACGAGUUCGAUGCAAGGUUGCAAUUUGAGAAGCGAGGAACUCUAGCAAUGGCAAACCCGGGAAUCAAAGACCAGAACAAGUCACAGUUUUUUUUCACUCUACGAGACGAUUUGUCUGAGGUGUUGUUCAAGAAGCACACAGCGUUUGGACGCGUGGUGGGUAACUUUGCUUUGCUCGAGCAGAUCUCCAAUGACGUACCAACAGAGGGGAAGAAUGCGAGACCGAAACAUAAAAUCUUCAUAGAGAAGGUCGAAAUCUUUUCAAAUCCAUUUGUGGAAUUUUUAGAAUGGGAAGCAAAAGAAGAGGAGAAGGAAGCCAAAAAGAAGGACGCAGUGUGGUUCAACAACAGGAGAGACGUGAUGGCGACUCACGCGAAUCGAGGGAAGGAUGAGGUCGGAAAAUACUUCCAGAUAGACGCGACAAAGAAGAAAUCUGGCACCUCUUUGCUUAUGAACCUUCCAGCUGCUGGUCAAGGCAAUGGGUCUAAUGGAACGUCAACAUCUUCAACAUCUCUGAGUAGUAAGAAGAUCCUAAACCAGGUUGCCAGUGAUGCUGCGGUGCCAGGCGUAUCGACUAUGGAAGAGCUACAGAAGUCGUUGGGCCAACUAAGCAAGGAGGAACGAGAAUACGCCGCAGCUGCUAGAAAAAGGAACCAACAAGUGAAAGCUUUCACUUUUGAUGAUUGGUGACUGAGAUUCGUAGAGCUGGAGUACGGUAUAGCAGCCAAAACAGCAAAAACAACGAAGACUACCCUUUGCGUCCGCGACCUUGUGAUUGUUCCCUGCCACAAUCAAAGCCCUCGUUUUCCCACCAUAAUUGACCCAUGAAUACAGUUCUAUUCAUGAUGUCUAGUCGUCUCAGCAAGACAGUUAUCUGCCCUGCUAAUCUCC